AUGGGACUGUCAACUGCCGUGGUAAUUUGGUCGCCACUGCCAUCAGCUACUGAUAACGUGGACGUGUUCGACUCCAGCAACAUCACAUGUAAAGACGAAGAUGGCAAUGUUGUGGAAUCCAAUGGAACAUAUGCCCUUGGUCCAACAACAGUGACAUGCAAUGCUACCGACAUGGCAGGAAAUCGGGGCAUUUGUAACUUUUCAAUCACAAUAAUAGAUACCGAAGCGCCUAAUGUCACCUGUCCUAGCAGCAUCCCUUCCAUGAGUACAGACAUGGGACUGUCAACUGCUGUGGUCAUUUGGUCGCCACUGCCAUCCGCUACUGAUAACGUGGACGUGUUCGAUUCCAGCAACAUCACCUGUAAAGACGAUGCAGGCAAUGUUGUGGAAUCCAAUGGAACAUAUGCACUUGGUCCAACAACAGUGACAUGCAAUGCUACCGAUAUGGCAGGAAAUCAGGGCUUUUGUAACUUUUCGAUCACAGUAAUAGAUGCUGAGGCUCCUGUUAUUGACUAUUGCCCACAAAGUGUGGUGAAUGAGACAUCUGAGGCAACAUUCAGCUCGAUAUGGACUCCACCAAAUGCAACUGACAAUAGUGAUCCUGCCAAAAAUUUAACAAUAUUAUCAUCACAUAACCCGGGUGAUAACUUCACUGCGGGUACAAUUACUGAAGUCGAAUAUAUAUUCAUUGAUACCUCAAACAAUUCUGCCGUGUGCAUCUUCAAUGUGACACUCAGUGACAUCGGUGAUCCUGUGUUUCUCACUUGCCCGGACAGACUGGUGUUUACACUUGCACAAGGACAAGAUAGAAUUCUUGUCAACUUUGCCAUACCAAUUGUUGAGGAUAAUUCUGGUGAGGUAAUUGUCCCUGUCUCUGAUCCACAACUGAUGCUUCCUACCGACUUUUCUUAUGGUGAGACGUCUAUCCGCUACAAUGCAACGGAUUCUUCAGGAAAUCGUGCAGUGCCCUGCGUCUUCACUGUGGCUGUACAGGAUGAAGAAGAUCCCAAAUUCACUGUCUGCCCUCAGUCCCCUGUAAGCCCCAUCACCACGGACCCUAACAGCAACACGGCCAACUAUAGUUGGGUGGCCCCUAUGGCGACAGAUAAUGUGGCAGUCAUGUCAGUGGACUCCUCCCACACAAGUCCAGCUGCACUUCCAAUCAGGAAUAAUACCAUCACUUACACAGCUACCGACCCUGCUGGAAAUACUGGCGUUUGUGAAUUCUACGUUACUAUCAUUGACGUGGAACCCCCCGCUGUGUCCCGUUGUCCAGCUGAUAUCAUCAAUUCAACUGACCGUGGUUCGAGUAACGCCACAGUGUACUGGCAAGAGCCUAUAUUCUCAGACAAUGAUGGAUUGUUUACCAACACAAGUACACAUAGCCCAGGGGACCCUUUUGGAGUAGGGAACACCACCGUCACAUACAAUGUCACCGAUGUAUCUGGUAACUUGGCAAACUGCUCAUUCCUGGUAACUAUUAAAGAUAAUGAGGUGCCUACAUUCGUAAAUUGCACCGAAGUGAUACUGACUGGCACAGAUCCAGGCAAAGCCACCAAAAAUGUCACAUGGGCCACACUGGAUUACAGGGACAAUGUUGGCAUUGAUAACAUAGUCAGCAGCCACAAAUCGGGUGACACCUUUGGCCUGGGGAACGUCACUGUGACCAUCUCAGUCAGUGAUGAAGCACAGAACACCGCCAACUGCUCGUUUGUUGUCACUGUCAUUGAUGAUGAACCUCCAAGUUUUAAAGCCUGUCCUGCUGAUAUCAUCAACAGUACCGACGCUGGACUGAAUUCAUCUGUUGUCUACUGGCAAGAGCCAACGAUCACAGACAAUGUUGGGGUGGUUGCUAACUAUAGAUCCCACAGCCCAGGCGAUGUCUUUCCUGUGGGGAACACCACAGUAAUCUACAAUGCCAGUGACAGUGCUGGUAACACGAACAACUGCUUAUUUAGUGUCACUGUGGAAGAUGAUGAGCCUCCAGAUUUAGUGUGCCCUGUUUAUGUUGUCAACAGCACUGAUGCUAAUCAGAAUUCUUCCAUUGUCUUCUGGCAAGAACCUAGAUUCACUGACAAUGUUGGCAUCGUCAGUAAUGAAAGCUCCCACCGUCCAGGGGAUGUUUUUCCCCUCGGUAACGUCACGGUUACCUACUCAGUCAGUGACAAAGCUGGGAAUGUGGCCAACUGCUCGUUUAUUGUCAGUGUUGAAGAUAACGAAGCCCCAAAUGUCAUGAAUUGCCCAGCUGAUGUGGUCAAUAGUACCAUGGCCAACCAGAGUUCGGCUUUUGUUUACUGGCGGGAACCGUCCUUCUCUGACAAUGUGGGCGUGUUCAGCCGUGACAAUUCUCACAGUCCAGGGAAUGUUUUCACAUUUGGUAACACUACCGUAACCUAUACUGCCAGUGAUGCUGCCGGGAAUGUCAGGAACUGCUCUUUCAUUGUAAUUGUUCAAGACAACGAAGCCCCUACUGUGUCAAACUGUCCAGAAGACCUAGUUAGUGAUACUGAUCCUGCCCUGGCUUCCUCCAUUGUCUACUGGCAAGAACCAACCUUCUCCGACAAUGUGGCCAUAGUUGGUAACGAAAGUAGCCACAACCCAGGAGAUGUGUUCUCUGUGGGUAACACAACCGUAAUCUACUCCGUCAGCGACAGCUCCGGAAACACUCUCAACUGCUCGUUUUUUGUCACUGUCGAAGACACUGAGGCCCCAAUGUUCAGCACCUGUUCAAGUGUGACAAUUGAGGUAGAUCCCGGACAAGCCACGUCCAUGCAGGAGUGGAUGUUUCCUGUUGCUACAGAUAACGUGGCCGUGACAAGGAACAGUUCCACCCAGCAACGAGGUGGCAGUCUAUCCCUAGGGGUUCAUGAAGUGACAUACGUUGUUUACGAUGCUGCAGGAAAUAAUAACACCUGUGUGUUUGAGAUCAUUGUUGAAGACAAUGAGAUGCCUAACAUCACAAACUGCCCCAUGGAUGUCACUCUAAACACAACUAGAGGCAGACCAGUAGUAACCUACAGUUUCCCCACACCUGUCUGCAUAGACAACGCCGGAUCUGUGACUGUUACCACGUCCAAGUUGGAUGAUGAAUACAGCAUUGACGACACCACAGUGAUCAUAGCCUGCUUGGACGAGGCAGGGAACACUGACACUUGCACCUUUACUGUAACCGUCCAAGAUGUAGAGUCUCCUCGACUGCUGAUGUGCCCUACCAACGUGGAAGCCUUUGCAGAUCCAGGUAUGAAUGUAAGUAUCUCCUGGACUCCACCCACGGCCGAAGACAACUCUGGGUGGGUAACAGUCUCAUCCACUCACAGACCGGGGGAUGGAUUCAUGAAUGGCACGCACACUGUGAUUUACACUGCGAAGGACCCAUCUGGAAACAUGGUCAGCUGUAACUUCAGUAUCACUGUAUAUGCUAGCGACAAAGUUGCCCCAAUGGUUGUCCAGUGUCCCAAUGACACCACAGUGUCAGCUGACCCUGGUGUAAACUUUACUGUUGUCACGUGGCCGCCCAUUGUCAUCAACGACAAUGUUGGCGUGACAGCUCUUGAUAGGCCUAUGUCAUAUCCAAAUGGGUCGGUAUUCUACAUCGGUUCUGUCACUGUCAGUUACAGAGCUUCAGAUCUUGCUGGUAACAAAGGAAGUUGUAACUUCACGGUGACUGUUGUAGAUACUGAGGCACCUGUUCUCACCAACUGCUCUGGCGACAUAGUAACAUUCACUGAGCUGAAUUCAAAUGGAACCAUCAGUGUCAGCUGGGAUGAUCCCGUUGUCAUGGAAAAUGAUGUCUACUCCGUCACACAAACUCCUUCCCCUGGUCAUUUUUACUCGGUGGGAAAUACAACCGUCACUUACUUUGUCGAGGAUAGCAGUGGUCUCAAUGACACCUGCGAGUUCCUUGUCACAGUUCUAGACAACCAACCUCCAAUGUUCAGCAAUUGUCCCUCUGAUAUGGAGAGUCCCACCGAUGCUGGUGCUGCCAAUGCUACCGUUGUCUGGACUGAACCAGAUGCUAACGACAAUGUUGCUGUCAUAAGUGUCACUAACAGUUCUGCUCCUGGGACAGUUGUGGGUCUUGGUGAUACCCUUCAGGUUGUGUACAUUGCGUACGACGCUGCUGGGCUUAAUGACACUUGUCUGUUUGAGAUCACUGUUGUAGAUGAAGAAGACCCAGACAUUAAAAGCUGUCCUGCUGAUGUCAUCGUCAAUGCAACGGCUGGUACAUCCAGUGCUAAAGUUUUCUGGGACGAACCCACAGCCACAGACAACUCUGGCACCGUGACGUUAACCGCAGCUAUCAGACCAGGCAAUGUAUUCGACAUAGGAAAAAUGACCACCACCUACAUUGCUUUAGAUGAGGCUGGUAACACGGACCAGUGUACAUUCCAGAUCAUUGUCCAAGAUGUGGAAGAUCCUAUGCUAACGAUGUGCCCAACAGACAUUAACAUCUACACACCCCCGGGCACAAACAUAUCUAUCACGUGGACACAACCAAGAGUUGUAGACAAUUCUGGUGAUGUAACUCUCUCCUCAAACUUCAACCCUGGGGAUAAGUUUGCAAAUGGCACGUACCUUGUGAUCUACACAGCUGUGGAUCCGUCUGGCAAUUCUGAUAACUGUUCUUUUAUCAUCCAAGUGAAUUCUACGGAUACCAACCCACCAAUGAUCUCCUGCCCUUCAGAUGUAAUGGUUCCCGCCGAUAAUGGCACCAAUUCCACCACUGUAACAUGGCCCCCACCACCAUACAUGGACAAUCACAGAGUGGUAUCAGUGAACGUAUCUAAGGCAAAUGGCAGUUUGUUCUACCUUGGAACCAAAGUGGUGGUUUACACAGUCUAUGAUGUUGCUGGAAACAAUGAUUCCUGUAGCUUCAAUGUCACGGUUCUAGACAUGCAAAUUCCUAUUAUUAUGAAUUGCCCUGGUGAUGUCAACGAGACGACAGCUCCAGGCCAGCCCACUGUCAAUAUCUCUUGGACUGAGCCAACAGUGUCUGACAAUUCUGGGUCUUUCAACAUUGACCAGUCUCACUCUCCCCCCUCGAUAUUUCCCGUUGGACCAACCAAAGUAGUCUACCUUGUUAACGACAGUUCAUCGAAUUUAGCCAUGUGUGCCUUCAAUGUAACAGUCACUGAUGACGAGAGCCCAGUGUUUAAUUGUCCUUUGAAUGUCACCAAUUCCACUUUGCCCGGCCGGUACGUGGGCACCUUCUUCAUUACUCUUGUGGCUACUGAUAACGUCAAAGUGACGUACAGCAACUCCACCCACCAGCCUGGUGAUGAACUUGAUGUGGGUAACACCACUAUUGAGUUCUAUGCUCGAGAUGCAGCUGGCAAUGAAGCUGUCUGCCAAUUCACUGUCACCAUCAAAGACGACGAGAACCCCCAGAUCAUCAACUGUUCAUCAGAUAUUUAUACCAAUACCAGUCAGGGUUCCAAUAUGGCAUUUGUGGAGUGGACUAAACCAGUGGCAGUGGAUAAUUCUGGCAUGGUGACACUGACCAAUGACAGUAAUGAUAGCAGCAUGUACCCAAUCGGUUCCACUGUCAUCAAGUACAAUGCUUCGGACUCAUCAGGCAAUUUGGAGACUUGCCAGUUCACUGUUUUUGUCAGUGACUUUGAAGAUCCACAAGUCACCUGUCCACCAAACAUUGAGGCCUUUGCAGACAACGGCACAAAUGUUCGCCUCAACUGGACAAUGCCAACGGCCACUGAUAACUCAGGCAUGGUUACUCUGAACUUCACCCAUCAGCUUAACUCGGAGUUUCCUCUGGGUACCACUUAUAUCACUGCCACAGCGUCUGACCUGUCUGGAAAUUCAGCAAGCUGCACAUUCACUGCCACUAUCUAUCCAACCGACGUUGAGAUGCCGAUGAUCAUAUGUCCUCCAGAUGUCUCUGGGCUGACUGACCAAUGGAUGAAUUCAACCAACCUGACGUGGAUAGUCCCCCAGUAUCGAGAUAAUCAGGAGAUUGUUGUGUUUAAUGUCAGUCAUCAAAAUGGCAGUCGUUUCACCAUUGGUACCACCGUGGUUACCUACUUCAUUGCUGAUCGUGCAGGAAACAAUGCCUCUUGCUCUUUCAAUGUGACAGUCGUAGAUGCAGAAAAGCCAGUGUUCUUGGAUUGUCCCUCUGAUGUCUUUAUCAUGAAUAACGAGUCCCGAGUUGUCAACUUCACCCAGCCAGAAGUCACAGACAAUUCUGGGGGACCGGUGAAUGUCACCAGCAACUACCCGUCUGGAACCCAGUUCCCUUUCAGUGACACAAUUGUUAUAUUCACCGCUGAGGACAAGAGUGGAAACAGGGCCACCUGCAAUUUCACAGUAUCUGUUGAUGAUUCCGAGGCUCCUGUGCUGCUGAACUGUUCCUCCAACAUUGACCUGUACCUAUAUAAUGACAGUGCUAAUGCAACAGCCAACUGGACUGAACCAAUGUUCUCUGACAAUUCUGGCGUCUUCAUGGUGGAUCAGGAGUUUUUUCCUGGAGACCAGUUUCCAGUUGGCGUCAAUGAAAUUGUGAUCAGUGCUACUGAUGAGGCAGGCAACAUGGUGGCCUGUGUUUUUAAUGUCACCGUUAUUGAUUUGUCGCCUCCUGUUAUAGUCAGUUGCCCAGGCAAUAUGAGCACCAACACCGAUCCCAAUAAGCCAACAGCCAAUGUGUCAUGGCCACUAGCCCAGGUACUUGACAACGUUGAGGUGGCCUCUGUCAUUGUGACCCAGGAACCAGGCACUGCCUUUCCUAUUGGAACCACCCUGGUGACUUAUACUGCUACAGACUCCUCGGGGAACACCGAUCAGAACGAUUGCAGAUUCUACAUCCACGUAUCAGAUAAUGAGGCUCCGAUGUUUGUAAAUUGUCCCAGUCACAUGAUGUUUUCUACGGACGUCGGUGUUGGUGAAGCCACUGUCAGCUGGACAGUUCCAAUGGCCACUGACAAUGUAAAUGUGACCUUCUUUGAAGCAUCUCACCGGCCUGGGGACAAUUUCUCGCUGGGACCGACAGAAGUGACCUACAGGAUUGCUGACAGCGCCGGCAAUAAUAACACAUGCUCUUUUAUCAUUACAAUUAACGAUGAAGAGGGUCCUGUCUUUCAAAACUGCCCCGACAAUGUCACUGUAGCGACAGAUCCAGGAAGUGACAUGGCUAUUGCCACCUGGAAUACACUAGUUGCCAUUGACAACAGCGGUGCAGUGAUCACGCCAACCAGCAACAGUCGGUCAGGUGAUUCAUUUGCCAUUGGCUCAACAACAGUGUUGUACAUCGCUUUGGAUCCCAACAAUAACAUUGGGCGUUGCGAGUUUGAAGUAAUAGUCAUUGCCAGUGACAUGCUGAUGAUAGCCUGCCCAGCCGAUUUGACCCUGUUCACUGAUCCCAGUGUGAACAGCAGCACGGCAUCGUGGCCUGCGCCUGUGUUUAACAGCAGCAUUGUGGUGGCGGUCAACUCUUCCCAUGCUAACAACAGUCGGUUUGAGGUGGGCCAUACUGUGGUUAUCUAUACCAUCACAGGCAAAGACGGAAGGAACGCAAGCUGUGACUUCUUUGUAACUGUCAUAGAUAAUGAGAGCCCAGUUUUCAGCAGAUGUUCUUCCAACGUUGUUAGCUCUGCCUCACCGAGUAUGGCCACUGGUACUGCCUUCUGGGUGGCCCCAACAGCCUCAGACAACGUUGGAGUGACCAACCUAACCUCCAACUACGAACCCAUGGCUGUCCUGCCCAUAGGAAGCACUGUGGUAACCUACAUGGCCAUUGACGCUGCAGGCAACAGGGCCAACUGCUCAUUCAGUGCAAUUGUUGUCGAUAAUGAGGAUCCUGUGUUCACGUUUUGCCCUGUCACUUUGGAAUUCAUGGCUGACGCAUUUGGUAACGUCAUUGUGCCAACCAGUGGCAUGCCAAUCGCCACCGAUAAUGAUGGCCCACCGUCUGUAUCAACUAAUUACAACUUGGCAAUGCUCGAUGUUGGAUCCACAACCCUUGUUGCAUUCACCGCCAUGGAUGACGCUGAAAACAUGGCCACUUGCAAUGUCAAUAUCACUGUCAUUGCCAAUUCAGGAGACUCUCCCCCACUCUUCACAUCUUGCCCAUCCAACAUUGUGGUCAGCACCGUCAUGACACAGUCCUACGCUCUGGUGACAUGGGCUGUGCCUCAGGCCCAAGAUGACCGCAGUACACCUAUUGUCAUUGAGCAGAGUGGCUAUAUGCCAGGCAGACAGUUCGCUAUUGGAAUGUGGAUGGUGAUAUAUGUAGCAACGGACUCCAUUGGGCAGACAGCAUUCUGUGAAUUCAACAUUACUGUGCUAGAUCAAGAAGAUCCGGUGAUUGUAAGGUGCCCUGCAAACAUUAAUGGGGUCACCAUAAAUAAUGCCCCCAUAGUUGUCAGUUGGACUCCGCCCACAGCCUCAGAUAAUUCAAGGGAGUUCACCUUGCAAGCCAAUGAUAACCAUGCCCCGGGAGAAAUGCUGAAUGUGGGGAUGUAUGACGUCAUCUACACUGCCACGGAUCCCAGCGGAAACACGGCUAAUUGCGAAUUUCAAAUUACCAUUGAGAAUGAUGCCCCUCCAGAGUUCAUCUCUUGCCCCUCCAGCACUGUGGUGCCGACUGAUCCUGGUCAGUCCUACGCCACAGUCAGCUUCUCUUAUCCAAACCCCACUGAUGACCGCAGCAGCCCAAUGCUGUUUGGUAGUCACGGUCCUGGCACUCAGUUCCCAAUCGGUGACACCACUGUCACCUUCACAGCCUACGACUCGGCCAGUCAGUCUGCCCAGUGUGUCUUUGUCAUUACUGUGGAAGAUCGUGGGGACCCAGUCAUUAUGGACUGUCCAUCUGGCCAAACUGUCUACGUCCUGUCCACCAGUGACGUAGCUGCUGUCUACUGGACGUCACCAACGGCAAACGAUACCAAUAACUUUACUCUAACAUCUAACCGAAAUCCGGGCGAUGAGUUUGAAACUGGUUCAACUCAAGUCACAUAUACAGCAACAGACAUGUCUGGGAACACAGACACGUGCUCAUUCUCCGUGGUCGUGCAAGAAACACUCCCAACAUAUGAGACCACGGGUAGUGUAGCAUUGAUAAGGAUUGGCUCCAUGACCAGCCCAUUUGUGGCUAACGAUGUCCAGACUACACUACCUGGGCUCAGAAGUGAUAUGGAUAGACUUUUCAGGACCAGUUCAGUCAGCGAUGACUUUGUCGGCAUAACUGUCACCGGCAGCUCGGUUGAAACCAGUGACAAAGCUCUCAUAGAGUUUGUUAUUUACUUCGCUGGCUCCCCUGCGCCAAAUGAUACCCAAAUAUCAGAUGCUUUUUAUGCUGCUCUUGGACCACUUGAGAACCAGUUUGAUACCGGUAACCAGAUUGAUCCAGGCACAUUCAUGCUGAGUUUGACCACAUGUCAGCAGACGUCUUGUCAGAAUGGAGGCAGUUGUGUCCCGCAAGAAAACUCCUUCGUUUGCAUGUGUACGUUAUUCUGGACAGGAGACUACUGUGAAACAGACAUCAAUGAAUGUGUGGAGAACAACCCGUGUGCUGCUGACCGCAUCUGUAUCAACUUGCAAGGAAGCUACUUGUGUGGAUGUCAAGCCGGCUUCUUUCUUGUUGGAGACACCUGCCUAGCCACAUCGGAAUUCAGUGGGUCAUUUGCCAUCACGCGCAUUGGUAGUUCAGAGGCUAUAUUUACCCGGGAUCUUGAAGACCCAACAUCGGACCAGUACCAGAGAAUAGCUGGAGAUGUCAUCGGUGUGCUGGACAGUAUCUUUGCAGACGAGAGCUCCUACAUCGAAUCUCAUGUUGUUAGCAUGUCCAGUGGUAGUAUCAGGGUCCAAUACGUCCUUGUCUUCACUGAGGACACCAACGUGACCGAAGAUGUGGUUACCAACCAAAUGAGAGCGAGUAUUGCUGCAGACGGCGAGAUUGCAAGCAGCACCCUCUAUAUCAGACUGUCGUCCCUGUCUGUUGCUAGGCAUGUAUGUCCAGCUGGUUAUUGUAAGAAUGGCGGCACCUGUUCACCAGAUCCUGUGACAUAUGAGAGCACGUGCAUAUGUGAGAGUGUGUACUCUGGCAGCCGCUGUGAGAUUCACAAUGCUUGGUCACCAUUGGUCAUUGCCAUGGUAACGGUUGCCGGGAUACUCCUCCUGAUCCUGGUUGGUGUGUUCAUCUCCUGCUGCAUCUUCUUCCACAAACACCUAGAGGAGACGAAGGGGCCCAAGCACGCAGGUGAUGUGGAGGGACGGGACUCAUUUCUCAAAGUGUCUCAGCCUGUGCUUCCCUGGAGAUCCUCGUCACCCUCCACUGAUGAGCCACCCCAUCACCCUAGAGGUAGUCAUGUCUCCACAAGCUUUGCCUUGCAGUCCACCCGUUUGGAUGCUGGUGCUGGUUGCUACAGACGCAGUAGAGAUGAUGUUCCAAAUGGCCAACAAUCCUCCAUGUUCAUCAGACCUUACGUAGUAACGGGCCAAGAAGCUGCCAUGAGUUCAACCACGGUCCUGAAUAACUUGUAGAUGAAACCAACCUUUUUAAUAUUCAUGAUGAUUUGAUGUCUGAUAUUAUUGUCAAGAUAUGCUCAUGGGGGCUGUAGCUGAACAAAAUUCAUUCUAGCACAAAUGUUUGACCAUUUUUCAGAGUUUUGAUUUUAAUUAUGCUAAAUUUGAGUCAAAUCCAACUUGACUUCACUUUGAUUACAAAAGUACAGAACAAGUUGAUUUAUUGCUUAAAUCUUACAAUGGUUUCGAACAUGUCAAAAAAUAACUUAGCAUUCCAUUCAUUUCAUUAGCACUCAAAAGUAUUUUAACAUUCGUCUUCCGUCAGUUUCUAGCAAUGUAGAUGAAGCCAGCUUUUUGACACAUGCUAAAACGUGUCAGUUAACUUAUUUUGUAUUCGAAAAGGUAUCCCUGGCAUUACUCCAUGUCUCUAAACAUUUGUUUGAACUGUCCUGGCAGCAUUUUGGGUAGAUGUGUUUUAAUUGUUAACGUUAAUGAUUUCUGGUUGAGUAUGUUUAAUAUCUGAGAUGUAAAACUAAUUUCUAACAGAAUUUUGCUUUAAUACUGUCUCUCUAAAGGACAUAGCUGAAGUUCACUUUCUUUGAUGUUGUUUUUUAGAACUCUUGGUAGAGUCCUCCAAGCUGAGGCAUUUUGAUAUCGAUAACUUCUAAUAAGUUAGGGUUUACAUUUGGUGAUAAGUAAUAGAUGUUGGGAUAACGCCAUCUAGACAUGUAAACCGAAAAGGUAUCUCCGAAAUGUUGUGCAGAGACGAACGUUUUGUUGUUUUAUUUUGUUUUGUUUGUCUGUUUUAGGAUAACAUAUUUUUAAUUACUAUCAAACUCUUCACAUUGUAUUCCACAUAUCCUGCUCGCUAAAUGGUUUGUAUAUAUGAAUUGUUUUAUAGGUUAUUGAGCUAACAAAGGUGUAUGCUUCAGAUCAUCAUCAUGGAAGUUUAAGAAUGUAUAAAAACACUUGAAAACUAAAAUCAAAUUCAAAGCACAUAAUUUGAUUUAGUUUUUGAAUUUUUGAAAUAAGAAAAUGAAGAAGGAAAGCUUCAACCUUGUUUAGAAAUGAAAGAAAUAAAAGGGGAUAAUACGCAUUGCAAUACCUAAA